AUGGGGGUUCAAGAAAUCUUUGUGGUCAUCCUUGUUACUGGAUUUUGCUUUCAAGCUCAAGUUUCGAGCUUUCAAAACCUGACGUGCAAUCCAAAUGACUGUCAAGCAUUGCAAGAUUUCAUGACAGGUUUAUCUCCUGUUAUUGAUGGAUGGGGAAAUGAUUUCUCUUCUGAUUGCUGCAAAUGGCCAGGUAUCACUUGCAACUCUUCAUCUUCUCUUGGACUGAAUGAUUCUCUUGAUAGCUACAGAGUGGUUAAGUUGGAGCUUCCAAGUAGAAGACUAGUUGGCAACAUUUCUGAAUCUAUAGGUAAUUUGGAACAGCUUAGGAUACUUAACCUAUCAGACAAUAUCUUCAAUGACACGCUUCCAAUCUCAUUGUUUCAUCUACCAAAUUUAGACCUCUUAGAUCUAAGCUCUAAUUUUAUUUUUGGUCCCAUUCCAGUUGUUUUUGAUUUACCUUCAAUCCAGUCCCUUGACAUUUCUGAUAACAACUUGAAUGGUCCUCUUUCGGCAAGUAUCUGUGUAAAUUCACAUCACCUUUAUGUACUAAACUUGGCUGUGAACUACUUUUCUGGUGACCUCCCACCAGGUCUUGGAAAUUGUAGUUCCUUGCAUCACCUCCAUCUCUACGAUAAUGAUCUCACAGGUGGAAUAUCUGAAAGCUUAGUUCGGCUACAAAAUCUAACCCAUUUGAGCAUUCAAAGUAACAAGCUUUCCGGGAUGUUGAGUGAAGUUGGUAACCUCAUUAACCUUGUUCAUUUGGAUAUCUCCAUUAAUUUGUUUUCAAGAGCUAUUCCAGAUGUUUUCCAUGGCCUUGGAAGAUUACAGUACUUUGUUGCUCAUUCAAAUAAUUUCAGUGGUCAGAUACCCCUUUCCUUGUCAAAUUCCCCAACUAUCUCCAUGCUUAAUGUGAGAAACAAUUCAUUGUCAGGUCCAAUUGAUCUAAACUGUUCAGCAAUGACAAGUUUGGCCUCUCUUGAUCUAGGUUCAAACCAGUUUGAUGGGGUUAUUCCAUCCAAUCUUCCCUCUUGUCGGCAUUUGGAUAGUAUAAAUCUUGCUCGGAACAACUUGAGUGGCCAAAUACCUGAAACCUUUAAGAAUUUUCAUACUCUCCAUUACCUCUCACUUUCGAACGCCAGCCAUUCUAAUAUAUCAUCUGCCCUUCACAUUUUACAGCAGUGUCAGAAUCUAACUACUUUGAUUCUCACCAUGAACUUCUAUGAUGAAGAAUUGCCUGUUGAUCCAACCAUUCAGUUUGCAAAGUUGAAGGUUCUUAUUAUUGCAAAUUGUAGGCUCACAGGUUCAAUGCCCCAGUGGUUGAGUAACAGCAACAUGUUGCAGUUGUUAGAUUUAUCUUGGAACCACUUUGAAGGAACAAUUCCGGUCUGGUUUGGUAAUUUCGGUAGUCUCUUCUACUUAGACAUAUCAAACAAUUCUCUUACUGGAGAUAUCCCUAGAAGCUUAACUGAACUAAGGAGCCUCAUUUAUUGGAAUAUCUGCUCGGUUCAGGAACCUUCCCCUGAAUUUCCUCUUUUCCAGAAAAAGAAUGCAAGUGAAAGGGGAUUGCAGCACAAUAAAGUUUCGAGCUUUCAACCUACGCUGGCACUUGACAACAAUAAUCUCAGUGGAGAAAUAUGGCCAGAGUUUGGGAACCUGAAAUCCCUUCAUGUAUUGGAUCUGAAAUUUAACAGUCUGUCAGGACCAAUUCUGAGUAGUUUAUCUUCGAUGACCAAUUUAGAGACUCUGGAUUUGUCUCAUAACAAACUUUCAGGGGCAAUACCACACUCGUUGGUUAAUCUCUGCUCAUUGUCCAAGUUUUCUGUUGCAUACAAUCAAUUGGAUAGAGAGAUCCCUACAGGACAUCAGUUUGGGACCUUCCUAAAUUCAAGCUUCGAAGGGAAUAAUCUUUGCGGCGAUCCUGCUCCCCCUUGUCUAUCUUUUUCAAAACCACAGCCACAGCCACACAGCAAAUCAAGAGUAGAAUACAUGGGAGUUGUCAUUGGAAUAGCAGUGGGAUUUGUAUCUGGAGUAGCUUGCUUUAUUGUAACAGAUAGAUAUGUAUGGACUUGGCAUUUCUAA